UAAUUUAUUAAGCAAAGAGUCUAAUUCUGUCUCCCACACCAAAACCAACUUUUCUCUCUCUAUCAACCAUGGAAGAACCAUAGUUUUUCUGCGAAUUUCUUCUGCAAAUCUCAACUUCGAGCCUCUCUUCCGCUAAUUUUCUGUUUUCAGAUUUUCUUUAAACCAGUUUGGUUUUCAUAGCUUUACUGAGUUAAGAACUGGACUGUAUCCUAAAUCUUGAUGUCUGCACCUCUUCUCGGUGUUGGUGGGGACGAGUACCAAAGCAACAUUACCCUGCUGGCUUCUCCAACCUCCUUAGAAAGUGUCUGCCAAAAUGGAUCAGAACUCAAGGAGCGUAACUACAUGGGGCUGUCUGACUGUUCAUCAGUUGGUAGCUUGGCAAUAUCCAGCACCUCAGACUACAGUGGCCGUGGUCUGAACUUAAAGGCCACAGAACUAAGGCUUGGGCCCCCGGGAUCCCUGUCUCUGGGGAGGGGUUCAGAGGGUUGUCCUGAGAGUUCCACAGCAGUCGAUGAGAAGCUGCUGUUUCCUCUUCAUCCCUUGAAGUCACUGGUUACAGGAAAUAAACGAGUGUUUUCUGAUGCUAUGAAUGGAACCUCGAAGGGGAAACAUGUCCUCGCUUCGGAAUUUGAUACUAUGCUCUCUCCUAGACCUUCCUCGAACCCAAGUAUCAAAGCCUCGAACGAAGUCUCUGCAGCCCAACAAACUAAGGUGAAAGAAGCAGUUUACAAAGCUGCUACAAAUAACGAUGCUAGUGCCCCUGCUACCAAGGCACAAGUUGUUGGCUGGCCACCUGUCAGACAGUUCAGAAAGAAUACUCUGGCAACUACCUCAAAGAACAAUGAAGAGGUAGAUGGUAAUGCACCAAAUGGCGCAUCCUUUGUGAAAGUGAGUAUGGAUGGUGCUCCAUACCUAAGGAAGGUCGACCUCAGAACUUACUCUGCCUACCAGGGACUCUCAUCUGCUCUGGAGAAGAUGUUCAGCUGCUUUACGAUAGGCCAGUAUGGUUCCCAUGGUGCUCCUGGGGCGGAGAUGAUGAGUGAGAGCAAAAUGAAGGACUUGCUAAACGGAUCUGAAUAUGUUCUAACUUACGAGGAUAAAGAUGGCGAUUGGAUGCUUGUUGGUGAUGUUCCAUGGGAGAUGUUUAUUGACACAUGUAAGAGGCUGAGGAUCAUGAAGAGUUCAGAUGCAAUUGGGCUAGCUCCGAGGGCGGUCCAAAAAAAUCAAGGCAAGAAAUGAUGCUUGUGGUGCAAUGAUCUGUUCUGGUUCAGCAGUAUGUGAUGAUAUUCGACAAGUUUGUAACUCGUUGUAGGGUUCUUGUCAAUGCACGGUGAGCCAUAUAUAUUGUUAGUAUAUGGACAGCGGAUCGUCGGCAGGUGCUUUAUCUCGUUGUUAUAUUGCGUCGCUACAAAAUUUAAUGUGAUGUGAUACUUUACUUAUUGUGUGGUAUAGAAUGUAGAUGUUUUCUUGUGUAAACUGCAUCUCUUUUUUGAACUUAAUUAUGUGUGCAAUUCAAAGGCCGUUGGUGUUAGCCAAA